AUGGCAGGAGCUCCCGUGAAUGUGACAACCGUGCUUCGGCUGAAGGACCUGGGUUUCGACGAUGGAUGCUUCAGGUUCGGAACGCUUACGCUGGGUGGCGACAGAUUUGUAUGCAUUCGGGAGUCCGAAGGCGCAUCGCCAUCCGUCGCGAUCAUCGACUUACAAAAGGGUGGCGAUGUGUCGCGCCGUCCCAUUAAGGCCGAGGCGACUAUUAUGCACCCGAAUGAGACCAUCAUCGCAUUAAAGGCAUCCAUCGAUGGUGGCCAUUUCGUCCAAAUUUUUAAUCUGGAAACCAAGGAGAAGCUGGGCGCUCAUCAGUUUUCAGAGUCCGUGGUUUUCUGGCGCUGGUUAUCCUCCACGACGCUGGCAGUUGUGACCACCACGUCCGUCUACCACUGGACAAUCCGUUCGGGUGAACCCAUGCUCAUGUUUGCACGCUCCGGAAAGCUGGCGGAUCCAUCCACCAAACUGGUACACUACGCUUCUGACGAUGCUGGAAAAUGGUGUAUGAUCUGCGGAAUAUACUCGCUUGAUCAAGGCGCAACAGUAGAGGGAUCCAUUCAGCUCUACUCCACAGAGCGCCGUCAACAGCAGCUGCUAGAAGGCUACACUGGCACUUUCGGAAGGCUUCGUAUUUCAAAGGAUAACUUUGACACCACUGGUCUUUUGGUCUUCUGUGAGCACAAACGGGGAGCGCAGACGUCCAAGCUCCAUUGCAUGGACAUUUACACGCAGCGGACUGAGAAUUCCCCCGCUCCACUAAAGGUCUCCAAGGAGAUUGAAAACAUUGCUUCUACUAUGGGUGAUUUCCCCAUAUUCGUACAGAUCCUCGACUCCUGCGGCCUCAUAUGUAUCUUGACCAAAAACGGUUUCGCGCACUACCACGAUGCCGCAACGGCGUUGCCUCUAUUCAGCCGUAAAAUCAGCGACGUUCCGGUGUUCGCGGCCGAUGCGAAGCGUAGUGAAGGCAAAACCAUCGGUAUCAUUGCUGUCAAUCGUUCUGGUGAUGUUGUGGAGGCUGUCGUUGACGAGAACCGUCUGCUGUCGGCUCUGAACUGCCCCGAUGAGGUCCGCGUGAGCCUUGCAACAAGAUUCGGCUACCCAGGAUCAGAAAGCUUGGUGAUGCGCACUUUUGAAGACUACUUCUCCAGGCGUGACUACAAGCAGGCUGCCAUGCUGGUUGCCACUAUGAAUAACGGUGCACUGCGGACCCCGGAGAUUAUGCAACGGUUCGUCAACGCCCCUGCGUUCCAUGGGGAGUCUCCGCCGGCGCUGCAUUACUUUUCGGUGUUGCUGGAGCACGGGCGUUUGACGGCUAUGGAAUCAGUUGAACUGGUCCGCCCUGUUGUGGCUCAGGGUCGUGAGGAGUUGGUGAAGAAGUGGUUGGAUGAGGGCAAAUUGACCGAGUCGGAUGAGCUUGCUGACUUGGUCCGUACUCUGAGUCCGUUAUUGGCAUUCAAAAUAAAUGUGGCCCUCGGUUCUCACUUUAAGGCCAUCAUGUGCCUCCUUGAUGCUGGCCAUGCAGAGAAGGUGGUUCCUUACAUCCGCAAAAUUCCUUCGUCUAACGUAACCUACGUUACCGGUUCCACCGGAGACAAAGUUGCGCAGAUUCAAGGGCUGCCGUCGAUGGAUACUAUCGUGGAUCACAUGAUAAACUCUCGAUCCGCAGACAUCGUGGGUUUCGUGAAUGAUUUGAUCGCCGGCCUGGCCCCUGGAGAGUGUUUGUGUGAUGUGGGCCACGUCGCUGAGAUAUUGAUAAAGAACAACAAGCUGCAAGAAUUGACAAAAAUAUUACUUGAGUACUUGAAGCCCAACCGUGAACAGCAUGCCGCGCUCCAGACGCGCCUGUUGGAAGUUAACCUUCAGCAGCAACCACGUGUUGGAGAGAUGAUUUUGCAAAUGAAUGCGUUGACGCAUUACGAUCGGCCAUACGUAGCUCGUCUGUGUGAGAGCGUGGAUCUCUUCGACUUGGCCGUACAGCAUUACACUGAAUUGUUUGAUAUAAAGCGCGUCGUCAUCAAGGCUGGUGGUAAAUUGAGCCGUGGCAUCUUCGAGUCGACCAUGAAGGCGAUGACGCCCGAGCAGGCUCUGGAGGUUAUUCGCGAUAUGGCCGAUUCCAACGAUGUUGGCAAUCACGAGGUGGUUUCAAGCGCACUAACUCUGCACAACCACAUCGGCACGAUGCAAUUAGUUCAAAUGUUUGAGCGCAGCGGUUCAUCUGACCUGCUGUUCUUGUUCUUGAAGGCCCUUCCGGUGAUCUCCCAGGCUGCGGCGGCGGAGAAGACGGAGCUGAAUGCCACGCUGGUCUACAAAUUCAUCCAAUGCUGUAUCGAACGUGGCGAGCAUGAUGACCUAGAACGCAUUUGCAAGGAAUCGAACUGCUAUGAUGGCCUUCGUGUCAAGGACCUGCUCAAGCAGUCCGCGCUCCCCACUCCCAAAAGCCUGAUGAUCGUGUGCCACAAGCUGGGAGAGUUGGCGGAGUUGACUGAGUAUCUCUAUCGCAACGGUAUGGAGAAGGCGAUCGAGAUAUACGUGAACACCAUUAACCCAGGAGGUGUUGCGGCGGUCGUCUCCGCUCUGUUUGAUAUCAGCGCUGCAGAAAGCGUCAUCCAGUCGAUUCUGGAGAAUCUGAAGGAUUCCAACGGCAUGAUAGCGAUGAUAAAGGUGGCUGACGAGCGUCAUCAGUUGCUGAUGUUGAAGGACUGGUUGGAGAAACGGGUCAGUGAGGGUUACAAGGAAACCGAGAUACACACUGCAUUGGCCAAAAUCCGUGUAUCUUCUCAGCAAGACGCGGAAGAAUUCUUGCGCACUAACACCCAAUACGACCGUGUGGUGGUGGGGAAGUUUUGUGAGGAGCGCGACCCUAUGCUAGCUUACCUUAUAUACUCCCAGGCUACCCUGGAUGAUGACGUGUUGAGGGUAUGUUCGGGCAAUGCCAUGCACCGGAUGCUGGCCUCCUACGCACUGAAGCGUUCGUCUGCACAGAUGUGGCGAACUAUUUUUGCAGCCAACUCCACCGUUGUUAAGCCUGAGGAUCGUAAGCGCAUAUGUGAGGAAUUGGUAUCUUUGGCGCCUGAGAGUUCCAACGCAGCUGAGAUUUCUUGUGUUCUGAAGGCACUGUUGGAUGCGAGCAUGGACGCUGAUGUUAUAGCGCUACUGGAGCAGCUGCUGCUCACACAGACGCAGUUCGCUUCAAGCGGCAACCUGCAGAACCUGUUGCUUGCUACUGCGGUGAGGACCAAUCCGGAAAAAUUGGAAGAAUAUCUUCCGAAGUUGGACAAUUACGACGUCACUGCGUUGUCGAAGCUUGCCACUAGCUUGGGCCGCACCAGGUCUUCCUUUUCCAUUCUCAAGCAUGCCGGCCGUCACUUGGAUGCGCUGGAAGCACUGUUGGACAUGAAAGAGGAUGGCAUUCUCAAGGAGGCCCAAGAAUAUGUCGAGAGCGUCGAUCAGUCCGAAAUGUGGUUCAGGCUCGGUAAGGCUUAUUUGGAACACAACGAGCUUGCUCCGGCCAUAGACGCGUAUGUGCGCAGUGGCAACCCCAGCGACCACGAAAAAAUAAAGCUAGCCUGCGGUAAGGACACCACUCUUUUGUUGCGGUGGCUUCGCGAAUGCCGUAAGGUGAGGGAGAACCGUCAGAUAGACACUGAUUUGCUGCUGUGCCUCGCUGAGAGUGGCAACACGGAUGAGUUCCGCGAGGUGUUGAAUGCCAAGAACUGCGCUGACGUUGCCUAUGUGGGCAGCAAACUUAUGGAAACGCACAUGUACAGCGAAGCAGUGAUUGUUUACGCAAGCAUUCCGAACCACUCCAAAUUGGCUGUUUGUCAUCUGAAUCUGGGCAACUUUGAGCUCGCUGCGGAGACCGCCUUGAAGUCCCGCAACCCCCAAGUCCUUCGGCAGGUGGUCGAGACCUGUGUGCUGAAGAACGAACUCGCUAUAGCGCACAAUGUGGCCAUAGAGCUGUUGACAUACCCAGAUUUCCUACCUGGCAUUAUAGCCAUGUACGAGAACACGGGUAACGUACAGGAGGUUAUUCACCUGCUCGAGAAUUCGGAGCGUUCCGUGGCCGUAUGCACAGAGUUGGCGAUCGCAGUUGCGAAGUACCGACCCGAUGACUUGCUGUCGCACUUCAAGACCCGUUACACCGGCGACUCCAUUCGCACCUCUUUGAACAUUGCUCGCGUGGCGCGCGAGUGCUGCAACCUCUGGCUUUGGAGGGAGGCCAUAUACCUCUACAGCCUUGAAUCGCCCGACAAGGCGCUCAUGUCUAUGGUGGCCCACUAUGGCCUGGCGUGGGACGAGGACGUAUUCUUUGCGGCAGCUGGGGCAGCUGCCAACCCGGAGGCGUUGUACAAGGCCAUCCACUUCUGUAUCCAAUGCGAACCCAUGUUGCUGACGCGUUUGCUGAUAAGCAUCAAGAAUCGCGUCGACCCUGUUCGCGUGAUAAAGAUCCUGAAAAACGCGGAUUGUCUGGGCAUAGCGAGGGAGUACCUGGAGUCUGUAGCUGACAAGAGCAGCCCCGCCGUGAAUGACGCCUUGUUCGAAGUCUAUGUCGAAGAAGAGGAGCACGAGUUGCUGGAGCGCAGCAUCGCCAGACUGGCGGUGUUUGACCAGCAGGCUCUGUGCGCGAAGCUCGAGGGACACCGUCUGCCGCAGAUGCGCAGCAUCGCCGGUGUGCUGUAUGCCCGUUCGCGCGACUUCGCCAAGUCGGCGCUGAUACAUAGGCGUAACGGUGACUUCGCAGGCGCCAUCAAAGCCGUCAACAUGUCUCGUAGCGAGUCGAUGGCGCUUGAGAUGGCGAAGUACUUCAUAGAGCACGGCCUCCGUGAGGAAUUCGUGGCAUGUCUGACCGUCAACUUCGCGCUGCUCGAGCCCGCGGACGUUUUGGAGAUGGCGUGGGUAAACGGCCUGGAUCUCGACAUCCUCAUGCCGUUCAUGAUACAGACGCUGCGAACGAUCCCGCGCAACACGUCGCGGCCGUUCCCCUCGCAGCAGAUCCCGCAGCCGAAGCUGCCCCUGGGUUACCGUUAA